CGCCAGAGCGCUGGUCACUCUGUGGGAGCCAGGGGAGCUGACAGCCCAGGUGGGAAAGGAGGCAGGAGCGUCGUCCAUGGCAGCAUCAAGGGCGCUCCCUGCUAAGAGGCGGUGCUGGACAUACUGAGGGUGCCCGAUAGACUUUCCCUGCAGAAAUGGCGUCAAGACUCCCAGUUCCACAUUAACUCUCCCGUGGGAUGCGGGAAGAAGUUUCCUCUAAGGCGCAGAAGGAGCAGUGACCUUCGCCCACCUCCUGGCUGUUUACUCAUUUACCAGAUAAUCUGAGGGUCAUAAACCUCAGGAGGCAACAGAUAAAAGGUCUUCCGAUCUUUCACAGCGUCUCUUGCUCUCUGACUCUCCCCUGUCACCCUCCGCCAUGGCCAAGGGCUUCUUUAUCAGCAAGACCCUGGGAAUUGUGGGCAUCGUCCUCGGGCUUGCAGCCCUCGCCACCAUCAUUGCCCUUUCGGUUGUCUACUCUCAGCUGAAACAGCAAACGGACAAUGCUGCGCCCAGCCCCACAACGGAUAGCACCCCCAGCUCCACUACCCCCAGCACCCACAUUCCUGGCACCAGCACUGCCAGCUCUGGCACCAGCAUUCCUGGCACCAACACCACAGCCAUGCCACCGAACCCCUGGAACGAGUGGCGGCUGCCCAAGACCCUGAAGCCUGAGUACUACACAGUCUUUCUGCAGCCCUUCCUGACUCCCAACAGCCAGGGCCUCUACGUCUUCUACGGCAACAGCACCGUGCGGUUUGUGUGCCUGAACGCCACCGACCUCAUCCUCAUUCACAGCAAGAAGCUGAACUACACGGAGCAGGGGGGUUUCCUUGUCUCCCUGAGCAGGGCAGACGGCGCGACAGCCCCCUCCAUCAACAAGACCUGGGAAGAGACAGAGAGACAGUAUCUGGUGGUGCAGCUCAACGGGCACCUGGAGGCAAACGGGAUCUAUGAGCUGCACAGCAUCUUCACGGGGGAACUGGCCGAUGACCUGGCGGGCUUUUACCGCAGCGAGUACCAGGAGGACGGGCAAACCAGAGUGGUGGCCACCACGCAGAUGCAGGCGGCCGACGCCCGGAAGGCUUUCCCCUGCUUCGACGAGCCCGCCCUGAAGGCCAACUUCUCCGUGACGCUCCUCCACCCGGCCGACCACGUGGCGCUGUCUAACAUGCCGGUCCUGAGAGCUGCAAAUGUGACCCUCAAUAAUGAAAUAUGGACCAGGACGGAGUUUGAGCCCACCCUCAAGAUGUCCACCUACUUGCUUGCCUUUAUCGUUAGCCAGUUUGAAGCUGUGACGACGACCGACCAGAAUGGCACUCUGAUCCGGAUUUGGGCCCGGCCUAAAGCCAUCAUGGAGGGCCAGGGGGACUAUGCAUUCAAUGUCACGGGGCCCAUCCUCAGCUUCUUUGAGCAGCACUACAACACAGCCUAUCCCUUGAGCAAGUCAGACCAGGUCGCUCUGCCAGAUUUCAACGCAGGAGCCAUGGAGAACUGGGGGCUGGUGACGUAUCGUGAGAGCGCCCUGCUCUUCGACCCACAGUACUCCUCCAUCGGCAACAAGGAGCGAGUGGUGACUGUCAUAGCUCAUGAACUUGCCCAUCAGUGGUUCGGGAACCUCGUGACCCUCCGUUGGUGGAAUGACCUGUGGCUGAAUGAAGGCUUUGCCUCCUACGUGGAGUACCUGGGUGCCAAUGCUGCGGAGCCCAAGUGGAAUAUUAAAGACCUGAUGGUGACAAACGACAUGUACCGCGUGAUGGCCAUUGACGCGCUGGCUUCCUCGCACCCGCUCUCCUUUCGCGAAGAGGAGAUCCAGUCUCCAGCCCAGAUCAGUGAGGUGUUUGAUUCCAUUGCCUACAGCAAGGGGGCAUCAGUGCUGCGUAUGCUCUCUGAAUUCCUAACCGAGGACCGAUUUAAACGGGGGCUGCAGUCCUAUCUGCACACCUUCGAGUAUGGAAACACUGUGUAUAAUGACCUCUGGACACACCUGCAGACGGCAGUCGAGGAGUCCUUUUAUCUCCCUGGAACCAUCAAGACAAUCAUGGACCGCUGGACCUUGCAGAUGGGCUUCCCUGUGGUGAGCGUGGACACCCGCAAUGGAAACAUCUCCCAGAAGCACUUCCUGCUGGACCCGAACUCCAUCGUCCAGCGGCCCUCGGAAUUCAACUACCUUUGGAUAGUCCCUAUCUCCUGGAUGACUUCAGAUAACCCAAAAGUGAAUGAGACAGAAAUGUACUGGCUCCAGAACCAAACAGAGACAAAUUCCAACUUUAUAACUCCUUUGGUUUCUGACAAAUGGCUGUUGUGCAACAUUAAUGUGACGGGCUAUUUCCGGGUGAACUACGACCACGAGAACUGGAACAGGCUCCUGAAGCAGCUGGAGACCGGGCAUCAGGUUAUCCCAAUUCUGAACCGUGCUCAGCUUAUUGAUGACUCCUUCAACCUGGCCAGGGCAAAGUACAUCAGCACAGAAUUGGCCCUGAACACGACACGUUACUUGGCUGAUGAGAGAGACUACCUGCCGUGGGACACGGCGCUCAGCAACCUGGGCUACUUCAAGCUCAUGUUUGAUCGCAGCGAGGUCUAUGGGCCCAUGAAGAAAUACAUCCAGAAACAGGUGACUCCUUUGUUCAGUUAUUUUCAGAAUCUCACCGGCAACUGGACCAACGUUCCAUUCAGUUUGAUGGAUCAGUACAAUGAGAUUCUCACCAUCAGCACAGCCUGUUCAUAUGGCAUCAAAGAAUGCCAAGACCUGGCUUCACAGCUCUUCAAAACAUGGGAAGCAGAUCCCAGCAACAACUCAAUCCCCCCCAAUCUGCGCUCCGCCAUCUACUGCAGUGCCAUUGCCACAGGUGGCGAGACCGCCUGGGACUUUGGCUGGAAGAUGUUCAAGAAUGCGACCGUGGUGUCCGAGGCUGACAAACUCCGCUCAGCUCUGGCCUGCAGCCAGGAGCCAUGGAUCCUCCAGCGAUACCUUCAGUACUCUCUGGAUCCCUCUAAGAUCCGCCGUCAAGAUGCCACCUCCACUAUCAACAGUAUUGCCCGUAACGUGUAUGGGCAGAGCCUCGUUUGGGACUUUGUCCGUGCCAACUGGAAGACGCUUUUUGACCAGUACGGCGGAGGCUCUUUCUCCUUCUCAAACCUCAUCCAGGCAGUGACACAGAGAUUUUCCACUGAGUUUGAGCUCCAGCAGCUGGAGCAGUUCCAGAAGGACAAUGCGGCUGUAGGAUUUGGAUCUGGAACUCGGGCUCUUGAGCAGGCGCUGGAGAAGACCAAGGCCAACAUCAAGUGGGUGGCGGAGAACAAGGCGAGCGUGCUGCAGUGGUUUGAGAGGGAGAGCCAGUAGGGAGAGCCAAGAUGGUUGUGUCCUUGCAAGGAAGGAGGGGUGGGUUCUCCGGGGGUGCUCCAGGGUCAGCUCUGCUCUCCCUUAGCCUGGCCAAACCAAAGACCAUUCCCUGCCCCUUGUCCCACCCUGCCUUAGUCAUGCCCGUGUGUCCCUAUGAUGCUUUGCGUUGCAGAGCUGCUUCUCCCCACGAGGCCACACCAAAGCCCAGUGUUUCUGUUCCCACAAUACCCAGGGGCUUCCUUUCCAGCUGCUUGACUGAGAGCCAAACUACAAGUGACGCCUUACACAGGUUGGACACUUGUCAGC